AUUGGGACAUGCGCAAAAACACAUUUUCAUCUUUAUUAGUUUAAGCCACCAGUUCAGAAUUUUUAAAAGCAUUUCCCCAGAUAGCGUCCUUUAUAAUAUAGCGCGUGUUGGUCGGAACAUGUUGAAAAUCAUGAAGCAAAAUUUGGAGGAUCUUACCAGCCCAAAUCUAUGGCGUGCUGUAGCCGCCGAAAUGGUCGGGACUAUAUUCCUGGUCUUUUUGGGAUGUGGUGCCCAUACAUUGCAGAAUGGGCAACCAACUGCCGUUGGAAACGGGUCUGUUGUAACAACCGCUGAACCGAGUGUUGUUCAAAUUUCUUUGACAUUUGGACUUGUCGUAGGGACAAUGAUAUGGUGCAUUGCUCAUAUAAGUGGUGGACAUAUUAACCCUGCAGUAACAGUUGCAGCUCUUAUUACCCGUAGAGUUAGUGUAGUUCGUGCCUUCUUUUACAUUGUUGCCCAAAUUGUAGGUGCAAUAAUUGGAGCAGCAAUUUUAAUCGGUUUAACACCGGAAAGUCAGCAGAAAACUAUUGGACUUAACAGCUUGAGGGGAGAUGUCACAGAUGCUCAGGGAUUUGGAGUCGAGUUAAUGAUAACAUUUGUUGUUGUGUUAACAGUUUUGGCUUCGCUGGACGAAAAACGAACAGAUCUACACGGUUCCGCUCCACUUACCAUUGGACUUGCAGUUGCCUUGGGUCAUCUGUUUGCAGUGUCGUACACAGGAUGUAGUUUGAACCCAGCCAGAAGCUUUGGACCAGCUGUCGUCAAGAACUCUUGGGAGAAUCAUUGGGUAUUUUGGAUAGGCCCACUUGUUGGAGGAUCGGUGGCCGCCAUCUUGUAUGAAUAUUUUUUCUCUGCGGGGGCUACAUUCACAAGAACAAAGAAGUGUCUGACCAGAAGUAAAGCACCUCCAUCUUCACCUGAAAAGCCUUUAGUAGCCCCGGAAGACGCUGAGAUUAUCGAAAUUGAAGAAAAGAAAGAAGAAGCCGAACAAGAACCAGAGGAAAACGAAAAGGCAAAUAACCAAACAGAUGGCCAGUAAAUUAAUUGAAAAGACGAGAGACAAAAUAAUUGUUAACGUGUGCAAUUCCAACAACAUGAACAUGACCUUUCCAUGCAAUAUAACUAUUUUAUGUGUAUAGUUUAAUUGAGUUUCUGAUUUGAUUUAAUUAUGUAACUUUAACAUUGGUUUACACUAUUUACAGAAACAGAAGAGCUAGAAAAAUGGAAAAGCUAUAAUUUCAAUAUUUUAGUCUAGUCUUGAGUCGAAAAAGUUAUCUUCACAAAAAAAAAAUCUACUUGCAGUUGAUAAUAUAUAGAAAUUGCCAUAUAAUUGAAAACUAAAUAAGUAAAUUGGUCGAACU